UUAAACAUAACCUAUAUAAAAUUAGGCUUAUUCUUUUGAAGAAGUUUCAUCAUAUAUAUUUUAAUAUUUUAUUGUAUAAUUAUAAAGUGAAAAAUGCAAGAAAUAUCUACAGUGAGAAAUAUAAUUAACAAUCGAAAUCGUGAUUGUUUAGGUUGUAGAAUUUUCAGUGGUUGUGGUCUUAUUGGUUCUGGUUUAUAUGUUGCGUAUCAUUCAAAAAAAUUUCAGAAAAAGAUUGGAAAAACCAUUAUGUACUCAAUUGGAAGCGCUUUAAUGCUCCUUGGUACUGCUCGAAUUUUGGAUCUUCCUCCAUUUCGCAAACAAUUUAACCAAGGAUGAUUAUAAACAAAUACUUAUUCAAUUUUCGUUUCUUAUAUAAAUGUUUUAAUAUCUUUUUCUUAUCUGUUUUGAUAUUUUUAUUAUAACUGCAAAAUAUAAAUCUACAACUGUAGUUUAA